CAUAAAACAUAUAUUUUGCAUAAACUCAGCAUUAUUUUUAAAACGACAAACAUCGGAACCAUGUGACUGUACCAUAUGUUUUUUGUCUGGCUAAUGCUUUGUUAGUGUUUUAAUUUUCUCUCUUCUCCCAGCGUGUAGCAUUAGCAAACAAUAAGAAACACUUACACUUUUGAGAGUUUGCAGCUCUCCUUCAGAUCGGGACGAGACAUCGUGUGGUAAAGACCGUUAUUAAAAUUUGUGAAUACAUUUAAGACUGUAAAAAAUUAACAUAAUAUUGAUUUACAUUGAUUUUUAUAAAAAAAUUCUGAAAUAUUCGCUUAUUUGCCUCACAAAAUUGCAUGUUAAUAAUGCAAAAAACUUAAUAUAAAGUUGAAAUAGUAAAAAAAAUAUAAAUAAAAGAAUUUGCGAUAAGCAAAAAAAAUAUGCAAAAAUGAAAGAAACAAAAAGUGAAUAUAAAUCUAGUGAAAAAUGAUCAAAGUCAUUAAUUUAUAAAGUGAAUCGUAAAAUGAAAUAAUUUCAACUAGCUUUAAUAAUUUAACCAUCAAGGAUUAAGUGGAUUAAUUUAAUACAUCUCUUGCAACUUUUUUUUGCACAAUGGAGGUGAUAAAUUUUAUUGAAGGACGUGUUGGUUCUUCAACUCCAGACAAAGGUGUCCCAGACAUGACAUGCAUUCCAGACAUAGAUGAAACUGGAAUCAAUCGGAAUUUAAAAGUUCGUUAUGAACGUGAUGAAAUUUAUACUUACACAGGAUCUAUUCUAAUAGCUGUAAAUCCAUACAAGGAAAUCGAUUGCUAUGGGCUGGAUCAAGUGUACAAAUAUCAUGGUCAGAAAAUAGGAUUGUUGGAGCCUCACGUUUUUGCGCUUGCUGAAGCAGCAUAUAGAAAUAUAAUAGAUAACGAUGAAAAUCAAUCGUGCGUAAUUUCUGGAGAAAGUGGUGGAGGCAAAACGGAAACGACAAAAUUUGUAUUGCAAUAUUUAUGCUCUGUAACAUGUAAUGUAUCAACAUGGGUGCAACAGCAAAUUUUAGAAGCUAAUACGAUAUUAGAAGCAUUUGGAAAUGCAAAAACAAUUCGAAACGAUAACAGCUCUCGUUUUGGAAAAUUUAUGCAAGUUUGUUUUGAUUCAAAACACACUAUUAAAGGCUGUAUAAUUCAAGACUAUCUUCUCGAACAAUCACGAAUAACGUUUCAAAGUCCUGGAGAAAGAAAUUAUCAUGUUCUUUAUCAAUUGGUAGCUGAGGGUCAAAAUAACAAGGAAGUGGGUCAGUCAUUGCAUUUACGCGAGCCAUCAUUCUACAAAUAUUUAAAUGCUUCUGGAAGUGUUCAAGUUGAUUUAGCGACAGAAUCAAAAAGAUUUGAAGGUUUACGAUUAGCUUUUCAAGUUUUACAGAUUCCACAGCAUAUAAUAGAUGGUAUUUUUCGUGUAUUGAGUGCUAUUUUAUGGCUUGGAAAUUUAGAAUUUGAAGAUGUGGAUGGCGAAAAAUGCGAAUUAGCCGUUGACGAUAAGGAAAUUGUUGCAAAAGUUUCAGAGCUCCUUGGCCUAGAAUCUGAUGACGUUAGCCAAGUAGCACUUAAAAGACAAAUUAAUGUUCGUGGAAAUAUUACAGAAAUUCCGCUUAAAGUUCAAGAGGCUCGUGAAAAUCGUCAUGCUAUGGCUAAAGCUCUUUACUCUCGGACUUUUGCAUGGCUGAUAAAUCAUAUAAAUACUUGUAUAAACCCAGGACAAGAUGCUACACGAUUUUUGGGUGUUUUAGAUAUUUUUGGUUUUGAAAACUUUGUAUCAAAUUCCUUUGAGCAACUUUGUAUCAACUACACAAAUGAAAAACUGCAUAAAUUCUUCAAUCAUUAUGUCUUUGCAUUAGAACAGGAAAUUUACAAACAAGAGGAAAUUGUAUUCUCUCAUAUUCAAUUUACUGAUAACACACAAUGCCUCGAGUUAAUUGAAAGACCACCGAGAUGUCUUCUUAAAUUAUUAACCGAACAAUGCCAUAUGCCCAAAGGAUCAGAUGCAGCUUACGUUAACAAUCUUAAUAGUGAAUUUGAAGGUCAUCCACAUUACGAAAAAAGUUCUGAUAGGCGACAUUUAGAAACUGAAUUUAGUAUAAAACAUUACGCAGGAUCUGUUACUUACCAAGUAAAGGGAUUUGUUGAUAAAAAUCGAGAUGUGCAACAAGAUGUUCUUUUUGAUUUCAUGAGUCGUAGUAAAAAUACGUUUGUUCAAGAAAUUUCUUCUUAUCAGGAUCUGCUUUCGUUACAAAGUCAAUCGCAAUCACAACAACAACUUCAGAAUAUACCAAACGGAAAUGCGACUGUGCAACGAGGAACAUCUAAGGGAAAACUGACUGUUAGUGAUACUUUCCGAUAUCAACUUCAAUCUCUUGUUGAUGUUCUUCAAAGUACAAAUCCAUGGUAUGUUCGAUGCAUUAAACCAAAUUCUGACAAACUUCCAAAUGAUUAUGAUGACCAAAUGGUACUAGAUCAACUUAGAUAUUUAGGAAUGUUAGAUAUUAUUAGAAUAAGACGUGAAGGCUACCAAAUACAUCUUCCAUUUGACGAGUUUGUUUAUCGAUAUCAAUGUUUAACCAAACGAGUCAGAAAUUUGCCGAUAAAAGAUCAAGUUCUUGCUGUUAUUAAUAACCUACAUGUUCCACCAACGGAAUGGCAAAUGGGAAAAACUAAAGUAUUUAUCAGAGCCAAGGUUCAUGAGCCUUUAGAAGACUCUAGAAAGCAAGUAAUAAAUGCCAAAGCAACUGUCAUUCAAAAACAAUGGAAAAGAUAUCAUGAAAGAUGUAAAUAUAAUAACAUUAAAGUUGCAGUUAUGAAAAUCCAGCAUGCAUAUAGAGGAUGGAAACAACGAAUUGAUUUCCUGCGAAAAAGACGAGCAGCUGUUGUUAUACAAAGUCACUUACGUGGUGUAUUUGCUCGUGAAGUUGCAGCGGCCUUAAGAGAAAUGCGACGAGUCGAAGAAGAAAUGAGAAAACGUGAGCGACUUGAAGCUGAAAGAAAACAACGAGAAGCUGAACAAGCGGAAGCUGACCGUCUAGCACUUGAAGAAUCUGAGCGUGUUGCAAAACAAGAAAUUAUGGCUUUGACACAAAUGGCAGAACAUAUAAACUCGAAAUUUUCUUCUCAACAACAGCAAAAUCAAAGAAAGUCAGAAAUAUUUUCUAAUGGGAUAAAGUCAUCAAAUGAAUCUGUAGAUUUGGAUAAUUUAUUUGCAUUUCUUAGUGAAGUUACUCCCAACGGUCCAAACUCUAAUGCAAUCAUAAACGAGAUUGGAGAGAAAAUGAAUCAUUUAGUCGAAGAUUUAGAUGUGGAAUUAGAAAGUGUGAUCCAACAAGAAAUUGAAGGUUUGACGAAUGAGAAAAAUUUAGCAAAAAGUCAGAGCUCGCAAGAAAACUCUGAAAAGUCACACAAUGUUUUGGAUCAGCAUCAAGAAUUGCCAAAUAAAAAUCAUAUUCAAAAUUUUCAUCAGUCUAUUCAAAAUCAUCAAGAACAACAAAAUAAUAAUCGGCAGUUUAGUAAUCCUCUACAGCAGACUAAUGAUCAUCCAAUUUUACAACAACUGCCUCAAAUACAAUCAAAUAUUAUUCAACAACAAAAUAACAAGAUGGGUAUACCAUCUUUACCAGAACCAACAACUAGACCUCCCCCACCUCCAUCUAUAUUUAAUGAGAGUUUACAGGUGGCACCUCCACAACCACAACCACAAGCUGCUAACAAAAUGCUAUUUGAAGAGCCAAUUUAUGAAGCAGUUAUACAUCAUCGUGAACCGCCAAAUCAUAAUAUAAUACCAUUACCACCAUUACAACCAAUUGUUACACAAGGAAUCCAAACACUGCCAACUGUUAAAGAAGUUCCUGAGCCACUUCCGACACCUCCAAUUAGCGAACAUAUAAAAUUACGCCCAAAAAGUCCAGCAGUUCAAAAUGUUCGUUCUGCUAGUCCGAUGAACCGCUUAUCUGGUGGUCCAUUAAGUCCAUCAUCUCCAAAACAUUCACGACCGAGUUCAAGAACUUCGUCAACGGGUGGACAUCCAUUUGAGCGAGAACAGCGUAGAAAACAUCGUGUUGAAAAGAAAUUACAAGAAAUGCAAAGUGAUAACAUUGAUCGUGAAAAAGAACAGCAUCAAAGGGAAGACAUAUAUCAUGACAUACUAGAAUUUGCCGAAAACUACUUUAAUACUCAUGAGCGCUCUCCUGAAGGUACAAUAAUGGCAACACUUACACGAAAAGGAAGAAAAUCGGUUGAUAUGGUGCCAAAAUAUGAAAUGAUUACUUAUUACCGUGGUACUUCUAUACCAUCCUCUCAUAUUCAUAUGUAUGAUCCAGAGAAUGUUACACUUUCGUGUAACAUUUUUAAAGAACUAUGCAAAUAUAUACGUGGUGAAUUAAGCUCUGAAAAAGAAUUGCAAGUUAUUCAAUAUAUAAUUGGACAAGGUAUUGAACGUGAAGAAUUAAGAGAUGAGAUUUUUAUUCAAGCUAUGCGUCAAUCCACCAACAACCCAUCCAUUGAAUGGACAGAUCGAAUCUGGCUCCUAUUAUGCUUGACCAUUGUAGCUUUUCAACCAAGCAAAUUAUUAUUCAAAUAUUAUGUGAGUUUUUUGAAGAGAAAUCUUGAGCAACAUGAUGGAAAAUUGAGACAAUAUGUACAAUGGUGCCUCGAUAAUUGUAAAAAUACAAAAGUAAGUUGUCGACAAUAUCCGCCAUCCUCGGUAGAAAUUGCCGCAAUGAGACGAUUAGGAACGAUAGUUUGUCGUUUCUUUUUCCUUGAUGGAAGAACAAAAGCAAUUGAUGUUCAUCCAACUGACACAGCAGCCGAUGCUGUAGUAAAAUUAGCUGAAAAAUUAGGACUUUAUAAUAUUGAAGGCUGGGCAAUUUAUCAAUCACGUCCUGAUGGAGAAGAACAUGUAAAAUCACACGAUUUUCUAUACGAUAUUAUUGCAGCAUGGGAAAUCAAACAGACAAAGUUGCAAGCAACAAAUUCAACUUUACGUAAAAAUGCAGCUACUCUAGGUUCCGGAGAAAACAGAUUUGUUUUCAAAAAAAGAAUGUUUAAAUCGACUAGAGAAUUAUCACAAGAUCCAAUUGAAAUUAGUCUUCUUUACGCUCAAGCUGUAUACUCUAUUGUCAAAUGUGAUGAGUUUCCUGUUAGUGAAAAGGUUGCUAUACAGCUUGCUGGAUUACAAGCCCAAGUUGCUCUUGGUGAUCCAUCGAAUCAGCCAAAACUUGAAUAUUAUUCAGAGAUUUCAAGUUAUUUACCAGAUAGAAUUUCAAAAACUAGAGAGGAACAGCUAUGGAUUCCAAUUUUAGCACAAGCACAUCGUCAAUAUGGUGCUGGCCGUACAGAAUUGACAGCCAAAGUUUUAUAUUUAUCGUGCGUUAUGCAAUAUCCACUGUAUGGAACAACAAUGUUUAAUGUUUCGUAUAGAGGUUAUUGGAGCUAUGGAAAUAGUCUCAUUUUUGGAGUAAAUAUUGAUGGAGUUGCUCUUAUAAAACCAGAUGAUAAAUUUAUCUUGUAUGAGUUCCGUUAUGCUGAAAUUGAAUCUAUAAUGCUGGAUCCAUCUGAUUCUUUUAUUACAAUAAAUUUAAAUCGUUCAACGACAGCUCCAGAGCAACAAAGAUGCUAUGUAUUUGAAACUAAACAGAAACAUGAAAUAGGAUCAUUAAUUGUUUCAUACUUCCCACCACUUUCCAAUUGGAUUACUGAGAACGAAAAUCCUGUAAGAAAAGCAAAGGGCAUGACAAAUGAAGAUCGAGUUAGGUUACAUCAUAACAUUGUCGUUUGCCGUCGUCAACUUGUUGAUACCGAAUUGCUUCGCAAGCCUCAUGAUUUAUCAGGCGGAUUUUUAAGAAAUACUUUAAGACGGUUGUCAAAGCAUCGACUUGAAAAAUUGAGAGCUGAAGGAGGCAAUUCUGUAAGUGAUCAUGGUGAAACAUAUAAAGGCUUUCCUCAUGCUUAUUGGGCAUUUUGUCGUCAAGCACUUCCACAAUCUUUAACAAAAUUACCUGAUCAAGAAGAACAAGCUAUGCUCAAUGUCUUCCAAUCAAUUUUGACAUAUGCAGGUUUGGGACAAAAUGGAGAAGUAGUUCAACGUGCCGAAGAUGAACAUAUAACUUUAAUUCAAUCGAUUAUGGAACGAUGUAUGCGAAAAGAAUCACUUUUAAAUGAAUUAUAUUUACAACUUGUUAAGCAAACGACUGAUCAUCCAGAUCCAAACUCAAGAGUGAACCUUCGUCAUUGGGCACUUUUGUCUCUUGCUUGUAGUGUUAUUCUUCCACCACAAAAAAUUGUUAGAAAAUAUUUGAUAGGACACUUGAAGCGUUGUGCAUCUGAUUAUAUAAGUGAAGAAGGUAAAUACGCAAGAUUUGCUGAAAAAUGUUUUAUGAAGACCCAAGGAACAAGGCGACGUCAGUGGCCUCCAUCUCGUGAAGAAAUCGUAUGCACAAUCAAUAGACGUCCUAUUUAUGCUCGCUUUCACUUCAUGGAUGGUCAAUAUCAUUCUGUAGAGUUUCACCCAAGUUCAACAGCACGUGAAGUAAUGGAAAUAGUUAAGAAAAAAAUUGGAUUACAAGAAAAUGCACAGGGAUAUGCCAUUUAUGAAGUUCUUGGUGCUAGCGAGCGAAGUCUUCUUCCUGAUGAAAAAGUUGCAGAUGUAAUGUCAAAAUGGGAAAAGUAUAGAAAUGCUGCAGCACAAGCUGUACAACAAAGCCAAACACAAAAUAAUGUUAAUAGUCAAAUGUGUCGUAGACAGCACCAUUUAUUCUUAUUUAAAAAGCAUCUGUUUUGCGAUCAAUACUUGAAUUUAGAAGACCCCGUAGAAAAAGAAUUGUUAUAUCAUCAAGUAUUGCAUGGACUACGAGCAGAGAGAUAUCCAAUUUCGGAAAUGGAGGCUAUUAUGUUGACGGCUUUGCAAGGUCAAGUGGAGCUUGGAGAUUGUACUGAUGCCGUUAAUGACUAUCGUUUAAUAGCAGGUCAUUGUUUACCUCCUCGGUUUGUUCCUAAUAUUCCACACGAAGGAGUAGCAAUGCAUCAUCAAAGUUUACGAGGAAUGACACAACCCGAAGCCAAAAAAGCUUUCUUAAAUCUUAUUCGUAGUUGGCCAUUACAUAAGGCAACAAUCUUUGAUGUUAUGCAAUCGUUCACUUCUAAUUGGCCGCGAAUUUUAUGGUUGGCGGUUGAUCAGAAGGGCCUGCAUUUGCUCGAACAUCGAUCGCGUAAUACACUCUGUACUUAUGAUUAUCAUUCAAUUCUAUCAUUUUCACCGAAUAUGAAUUGUUUGAUGAUCAUAACUGGAUCAGAGAAGAAACAGUCAAAAGUUAUUUUAACAACAUCUCAGGCUUUCCAAAUAGCAAAUCUUAUUAAGGAAUAUAUGGAAGUGAUUAAAACUCAAAUGCAAAAAGAAGAUAAUCCGCCUCCUGUUGCACCACAUGCACCAGCUCACGGAAUCCAACAACCUAAUAACUUGAUAGGAGUAAAUAAUAUGGGUAAUAAUAAUGCUGAAAUCAAACGAGGUCCUCGUCCAGUUUCAAAUGUAAGUUUGAGACAUUCAGGCCUGGCAGCACCAAGUUAAUAGAAAUGAUUAUAAAAGCUUAAAAAAAAUCUAGUCAGACUCUGAGCACCAUUUUAAAUUAUUAGAAAACAAAAACUAUUAUUAUCAUUUAAAUUAUAUAAUACAGCAACAUAGAUAAUCUUCAUUAAUUUACUUAGGUGAUAAAAAAAUAUUCUUACGGAAUUUGUUUAUAUGAUUAUUAAGAAUACUAAUAAUACUAUUCGGCUUGUUAUGAUGAAUAUUGAUUACCUAAGACAGAUAAAUGCUUUUUAUAAAUUCAAUUGAUAUAAAUACGAGAUUUUGACAAAUCACAAAUCAUGUAUAAGGUGACCAUCGUUUUAUUAAUGUGCUAAAUUUCAUUUCCAAUCAAAAAGUGAGUGUACUACAAUGAUUAAAGUAUUUUCUAAUAGAAAAAUUAUGGCAAAAAAACUUAUUCAAACUUUGUGUCAACCGAAGAACUCAAUAUCUCCAAUUUAAUAAAAUAAUAACUAUUUCUUCCUUUCUCAAACAAUUGAUUCAUCAACAUAAUAAUAACUUUUUUGAAGUUAAAACUAAUUAUCAUGUUAUACAAAUUAUCAGUAGAUAUCUACUGAAAUGGCAUAUUGAAUUAAAGAGCAUACAUUGUUAUAUAUCCAAUAAAAUAUCAAGAAAUUUUUUGCGAGAUAUAUAGCAUCGGAGAAAAUUUUUCUGACAUAUUUUAAAAUAAUUAAGGUAAACGAUCUGUUUUUUGCGGUAUAUCUGCUCUUAACAAUUUUAAAUGAUCAUAACUUUUUAUUGAUUUACUUUAUUUAAACGAAUGUUAAAAGUAUAAAAAACAGAAAGUUAGGCUAUCAAUCGUUCACAAUGUCAUUACAGUUUUUCAAAAAAUCUAACCUAUUUAAUGAUUCUUUUUUUACGGUAUGAAAUGUGUUUUUGCGUUAAAAAAAUCUUUUUUUUUGCGAUAUCUAAGAUUAAAGAAUUUUUGUACAAAUUCCUUAGAAAACAAGAGAAAAACAUAAUCUUUUUUCAAUAGAAAUGGGAAGGUAAAAUUUAUGUGUUAUGAAAAUUUAAUUAAAGCGAGUCAGUAGAGAUUUGAAAUUCAAUAUAUACCCUGUUUUUUCGUUAUAAGCUAGUAGCUUAGAAGAAUAAAAAAGUGAUUUUUUUGGCUCACUAGUAGCUUAGUAACGAGGAGUAGCUUAGUAAAGAAAUAGAACUUCAAUAAAAAUUUUGAAUUUUUUAACUUAAUUAAAGAAAUUUUGCUAUCUUCUCGAUUUUAUUUCAUUGACAAUGUCAUAAGGCAUUGAAACUGAUACUCAGAAAGUUGAAAAAGAUUAAUUAUACUUUAUUUUUGGCAAUUUUUGGUAGUAGCUUAGUAAAGAUUUCAAAAAAAUUUCAAGUUCAAAAAACUUUACUAAGCUAGUAGCUUAAUAACGAGUAGUAGCUUAUAACGAAAAAACAGGGUACUCAUUUUUAAACAUUUUAAAAGGUUUAAUGAAACAAACAAAACUAAAAUUGUUUUUAUAUUAUAAUCUUAAAUAUCGCAAAAACAGAUCGUUUACCUAAUUCAAACAAAAAUCUUAAUAGAUAGUUAAAUAAUCAUAAUUUAAUUCUAAUUCGAAGCAAAACUUUUUAUAUUUUUCUUUUCAUUUUACAAUUUAUGUUGCAAAUUUCCAUACUUUACUGUGAAUAUGCAAAAAUUAUUUAAAAAACUGUAACAGAAAAUAAUUUGGAUUUAUUGAAAGUAAAAUUCGCGAAUUUUUGUUUUUAAUAUUUAUAUUCUGUUUUU